UCACUGACUUUGAGUGUGUAGCGACACACACACACGCACAAACACGCGCAACGCAUGCACGAGCGUGUGGGCGGAGUCAGGAGUCGAGAGGACUCGUCGGUUGCGUGUGAACACGCGCCCACGCACGCGCGCGCAGUGAGAGUCAGUCCCCGGUACGUGAGGACGUGAAAAAAAGAUAUGAACGCGUGACGCCGUGAUCCCGUGUGAAGACAUGAAGACGUGAAGACAUGGACUUGUUCGUGUGCACGGUGUUCAUUUUGUUUGUGCGCGUCGCCGCCGUCAGCACAGAUGCGCUCCAUGAGGUCUUGUCCGAGUUCCGCGUGGUUCGUCCGGUCAGAACCGACGCGCGGGGGCGCUUCCUGUCGACGUCGGUCUCCGCCCGCCUCCCGACCCGCGACAAAAGACACGCCCCCUGGAGCAAGACGUCACGGACGGACACGGCGGAUCCUGAGCCGGAGUCCGGGUCGGAGCUUUUCUACAACGUGACGGUGUUUGGGCGGGAGCUGCACCUGCGGCUGCGCGCCAACCGCCGCCUGGUGGCCCCGCGAGCCACCAUGGAGUGGUGGGAGGAGUCGGGGCUCCAGCGCUCAGAGCCGAUUGGAGACGCCGGCUGCCUGUACACGGGGGGCGUGUCCAACAUGCAGGGCGCAAGCGUUGCCGUGAGCAACUGUGAUGGACUGGCUGGGAUGAUCCGAACAAGCGAGGAGGAGUUCUUCAUCGAGCCGUUGGAUCGCUGGGGGCUCGGAGGUCAGAGAGUAGACGAUCAUGAUGAACAAGGAAGACGGCACAUCGUCUAUCCAUCGUCCGCUAUCAUCAAGUCCAAACGACGGGCACUCAAUCAAACUGCUGACUUCCUGCGAGGUGAGAAGAACUCUUCCUCGUGGUCGUCCAAUCCCACGCUGAAAUCUGUUGAGAUUUUCCUUGUGGUGUCAUCAGGACCUCUCUUAGGUUCCUUGAAUCAGCUAAGGUCCAAAUCCACUGUAGGUCGGCGCCAGCGGCGCUACAUCGAAGAAGCGGAUAUGUUCAACAUGGAGGUCCUGCUCGCUGUGGAUUAUUCCGUCCUUCUUUUUCACGGACAAGAACACGUCCAGAAAUACCUUCUGACGCUGAUGAACAUCGUUAACGAGAUCUAUCAAGAUCAAUCCCUCGGUGCCAACAUCAACAUCGUUCUGGUGCGAAUCAUCAUGCUGUCUCCAUCCAAGUCCCAGGAGCUCAUCUCAGUGGGAAAUGCCCAGAGGAGUCUGGAGAACGUUUGUGGCUGGUCGUACAUCCAGCAGAGGGAGCAGAACCCCAACCAGCAGCACGACCACCUGGUCUACCUGAGCAGACGAGAGUUUGGACCCUCCGGCAUGCAGGGCUAUGCGCCGGUCACGGGAAUGUGUCAGAUGCACCAAAGUUGUGUCCUGGUCUUCGAAGAUGGCUUCUCUUCAGCUUUCGUCGCUGCCCAUGAAAUCGGACACGUGUUGGGAAUGGAGCACGACGGCGAGGCCAACGACUGUGACGACGACGUGUCCCUGGGCAGCAUCAUGUCACCGCAGGUGGAGGCCACAUUCUACCGCUACCACUGGUCCAGAUGCAGCUGGAGCGAGCUGCACAAGUACCUGCACACGUACGACUGUCUCCGGGACGACCCGUUCAACCCGGACUGGCCGACUCCGCCCCUCUUGCCAGGGUUUGAGUACUCCAUGGAGCAGCAGUGCAGCUUUGACUUUGGCCCAGGAUUUGGAAUCUGCAAUGCUUAUCCCAACACGCAGCCUUGCCAGCAGCUGUGGUGCAGCGACUACAACCAUCCUUUUUUCUGUAGAUCCAAGAAGGGUCCGCCUCUGGACGGGACACCGUGCGGAACCGGCAAGCACUGCUUCAAAGGUUUCUGCAUCACGCUAACGGCCAACCUCCUGCGACAAGAUGGGGGCUGGAGCUCGUGGAGCGCCUACACCAGCUGCUCCAGGACCUGCGGGGGCGGCGUCCGGAUCCGCUACAGGGAGUGUGACAGCCCGCCGCCAGCCAACGGGGGGCGCACCUGCUUUGGAAACAGUUUUGAGUUCCAACUGUGCAAUCAGCAACAGCAGUGCCCACCCUUGACGGACUUCAGGGCGGAGCAGUGUAGCGCCUGGGAUGACGUUUUCGAACACGAAGGACAAAAACAUCAGUGGCUGCCCGUCGAACAGCCCGACCCUGACGAACGCUGCAAUCUGUUCUGCCGCUCCAACGAGACGGGCCAAGUGGUGUCCAUGAAGAGAGCGGUCCACGACGGGACGCUGUGCUCCUACAACGACGCCUACAGCGUGUGUGUUCGGGGAGAGUGCGAGCACGUAGGCUGCGACGGUGAGAUCGCGUCGGACCUCCAGGAGGACCGUUGCGGGGUGUGUGGUGGAGAUCAUUCCCGCUGUCACGUGGUCAAAGGGAACUUCACUCGCGGCACCAACAAAACAGGUUACCUGAAGAUCCUGGAGAUCCCUCGAGGGGCGCGACACCUCCUGGUGCAAGAGUUCAGUAGGACCCCUCACGUCCUCGCGGUGAAAAACCAGGAGAGCGGCCACCUGUUCCUGAACGACGAGGGCACGGAGCCGACGUCCCGCCUGUUGGUGGAGAUGGGCGUUGCCUGGCAGUACACCCACAGCGAGGAACAGGAGGUGGUCCAGACUGAGGGGCCGCUCAAGUACGCCGUGAUCCUCAUGCUCCGUUCCCACGGCGACGCCAAGGUGACCGUGUCCUACAAGUACGUGAUCCGGGACCACUUGCGCUCUUCCCUGGAGUCCAACCUGGUGCAGGAGGACGCCAUCUUCUACGAGUGGGCGCUCAAGCAGUGGUCUCAGUGCUCCCAAUCAUGCGGAGGAGGGAAACAGUACACCCGCUUCGGAUGCCGCCGGAAGGCCGACGGGGUGAUGGUCCAGCGAACGUUCUGCUCCAACAUCACCAAACCGAGAGCCAUCACACGCAGUUGCAAUACUGAUGUCUGCAGCCCGCCACGCUGGAUGACCGGCGGCUGGGAGGCCUGCAGCGCCUCCUGUGGACAAAGUGGCUGGCAGCGUCGCUGGGUGGGCUGCCAGCUGGUGCCCGUUGGCGGGCGCCGGCUUUCUGUCAACAGCGAACUCUGCCAGGACCGCCGGCCGGAGGCUAAGCGGCCCUGCAACCGCAUCCUGUGCCCGGCGGUGUGGCGAGCCGGGCCCUGGACUCCAUGUUCCGUCACCUGCGGCAACGGAACACAGGAGCGUCAAGUAGCCUGCGUCCGGCCCGAGGGGUCCUCUGGGAACUGCAGUCUCGUCCCGCCCAUCGCCAAGCGCACCUGCCGAGCGCCAGCGUGUGGCGGCGACCCGAAGAACUUCAUGGUCCAAUGGCUGUCCAGAUCCAGUAUCGACGCCCCGCCGGCAAAGACCGCCUCCUGGCAGCGUUGCCGUGCCGACCGCUCGGCGUUUUGCCGGAUGGAGGCGCUCAGUCGCAACUGUGCCAACGCCGCCUACCGACAAAUAUGCUGCAAGUCCUGCGGCAACUUCAGUGUUUCCACCACAGUGACGCCACAGCCGAGCCCCUCCCCCUCCAGCAGCACGUGGACAGCGACUCCGCCCCCCAGCACCACCGACUUUAUUUACGUGGAUUACGACGACGACGAAGCGCUCGUCGCCCCUGCGACCGUGCCGCCGCUUUCCCUCAUGAAGCCCACGCCCACUUCUGCGGUGGCGACCUCUGUUGCCAUGGUAACCGCCACGGCGAACGCAGCGCCGACCCCGCCGCUGGGGGCCACGUCGUCGGCCGGCGUCCCGAGCGGGAGGAGCCCCGCCGGCGGACGUUCGUCCCCCUUUCGGGCGACGUCGCCAAAGAUGGCGAAGGACUCCGCGGGCGAGGUCUCCUACAGCAUCGUGGGAUUGGAAGUUUACGGGGCGAGGGGCCCGCAGAGCCACUUUGUGCCCCGGGUGCCGCCCGUCCGGGAGCGGACGCAAAACAAACGCAUCCAGGAGCUUCUGAACGAGAAGCUGCGGAAGCCCGGACGGCGGCGCCGCCCCGGCGCCUUGUAGGACGCCUUCUCAGCGUUUUUCUUCCCCGUUCGUCCGCAUUGGUGGCGCCGGCUUCUUUUCGGGAAUCGGAUAAAAGUUCAAAGCCUCAAUUUUUCCGAUAAAGUCAACCACGAGAUGACUUCGAUCCAUCGCCAGCUGAUAUUUUCCCAUUUCACGUACAAUGAUUUACUUUCACUUUUUUUUUACACAUAUUAAAAAGAUGGUGACAAAAAAAACUACAAUUUUUUUUGCAGUUUUUUUCUAUGUGAAGUUGAACAAAUAAAAAUGAAAUGUUGUAAAACAGUCAAA